GGUACUUACGUCGUAUUAAUAUGCAACACCAGUUACUCCAAAUCUGGAAUAUAUUACAGGCUCCAAUAUAGUUAUGCAUACGGUAAUAAGAGUACUUAAAAUUAUGCAAGAGGUGAUGUUGUCCCUAAAGGUUGUUUUCGAGAGAGUAUGAUGAUGUACUUACUACCCGACUAUUUGCCGCAAUUAUUUUCAUGUUCUUGUAUUCUUUGAGUUUCUGUAUUUACAUAUGCUAUCCGUUAUGCAUCUGGAUAUCUGUCUAACCUAAGAUAGCGAAUUCUGUCAAUCGGUGUGUAGUACCGUUUACUGGAGAAUUACCGUAGUAUGACGAACUGGGCAUCUCGGCGAAUUUUGGUUGCUGCACUCAUAAUAGCUUUUUCCGCUGGUUGCUUAUUAUUGGUACCGGCACUGAGCCGUUUUGCGUAUAAUUUUUGUUGUGUUUGGUCAGCAUCAGCAACUUCGAAAGGCACAAAUCUGUAUCCAUGGCCAGGUGCGCAACUGCGCAUAAGCAUCUGGAAUUUCACUAGUAACGAUCGAAAGAGAACAGCCAGUCCGAACGUGCCGGUCACCGGCAAGAUCCGGCAGAGUACUGAACACAGACCUGAGCCGGCUUCGUUGCGACUUGGUAAAUCGUAUGGCUGGUCGGAUCGAAGUGGCCAAAAAGUACCGCAUCCAACAGCACAAAUUGUUCCACACUGUCAACAACAACAUGCUCAACGGAUCAUCCUUGCGCAGAUUCCUGACUUAUCAGCCGGUGGAUGGAGGACUGGGAAAUUUCAUGUUCCAGUCUGCCAUGCUUGUAGGUUGUGCUCGAAAGAAUGACCGGAUUCCAGUACGCAUUACCCACGACUCCAGGUUGGAGCUUUUCGAGGGAAUGGACAUCGGUUUCCUUAACCGGUCCGUCCUUUUCCCGAACAAUUCACGUAAAGCGCAGACUCUUGGGGAAUUAGGUCCGGGAAAAUUCAGUCCUGACUUUCACAACGUGAGCUCUCGCUUCCCCGAUCAAGCUGCAUCAUUAUCUGGUUACGGCCAAUCGUGGAAAUACUUCCAUGAUGCAUCUCAUGAGAUCCGCGCGCUGUUGACCUUCAAAGAAACUAUCCAACAGGAAGCUAUUAACGCCAUCCUGGACGGACUGAGCAACCUGAGCAGGCGGGGCGUGCUGCUUAACCGCAUGCAGCCGGUUCAUGUAGGGAUCCAUGUGCGGCGAGGCGACAUCGUCAGUGACGCCGAUCAGGUCGCUCAUGGCCACGUGGCCGCCACGGAAGAGUAUCUGCUGCGCAUGGCGCUGCGCAUCCAACGCCGGUACCCGUACGCAGUCUUCUUUGUCAUCAGUAACGACUUGGACUACUGCCGACGAUUAUUCCGCGAGCCCAACUUCAUCUUCGUCGAUGGGAAUGCGGCCGAAGUGGACAUGGCUAUAAUGACCUUUAUGGAUGUGAUGGUGAUGAGUGUUGGGAGCUAUAGCUGGUGGUCGUCUUAUCUUAGCGAUGCUCAAGAGGUUUUCUAUUUUAAGGACUGGCCGAGGAAUGGCAGUGACUUUGCAGAAGGAGUUGCAGCAGAAGACUAUUUUUUUCCUGCGUGGCAUGGUGAUAAUUAGACGGAAGACUGCGCAACAGUGUGCAAGCGAAAAAAUAUCGACUCUUUUAUUAUCAUCUACGCUGUUUAAUUUGUCAAAAUUGUUCGUCGUGCUUUCCGAUGUCGUGAAACAAAGUUAAAAUACGAGACACUACAAGUACAAGUACCUGUAUCAGUCUCAAUGAACAUUAGAAAGCUUUAA